UAAGUCGCGUCAUUUAAUUUUUAAAACAAAAUAAAUUAAGAUUUUUUAUCAAAAAAUAAUUUUUAAUACAAAACCUUAAGUACAAAAUGGUUCACGGUCCACCUGCACGCAGAAAGUCACAAUCCAAUGGCAAUGGACUUGUAAAGUCUCACUGUGAUUUGGUCGAAGACACAACAAUAAAUCAACCUAUACCACCAGAUGGCGGCUGGGGUUGGAUGGUUGUGUUCGGCUCGUUUAUGAUACACAUUAUAACUGAUGGCAUGACUUAUUCCUUUGGUUUAUUUUACAAUGAAUUUCUUAAUUAUUUCAAUGAAGGCAAAGGAUAUACAGCGUGGAUUGUAUCUAUUAUGGUUGGUGUUACUUUUGCAUCUGGACCCAUAUCAUCUUCCUUCGUCAAUCGCUAUGGCUGUCGAGCAGUAACUAUAGCUGGUUCUAUACUUGCUGCUAUUUGCAUAAUUUUGAGUGUUUUUGCACAAAAUGUAGCGACACUUAUUAUUACAAUUGGUUUUGGUACUGGGCUGGGUCUGGGACUUAUUUAUCUACCAGCAAUUGUAAGUGUUACCACUUAUUUCGACACAAAACGUUCUCUUGCCACUGGUAUUGCUGUCUGUGGUUCCGGUUUCGGCACAUUUGUAUUUGCACCACUUACCGAACAUCUUAUCAAUGCCUACGGCUGGCGUGGUGCUAUGCUCAUCAUCGGCGGUAUAGUGCUUAACUGCAUUAUAUUUGGUGCUAUGUUUCGACCGUUAGAACCUCCAAAGCCACCAAAAUCAAAAAAAACCGAUUUAAUUGACAACAACACAACAGUUGCAGAGUUAAAACCUUUAAAAGCGAAUGGUAACGUUCAACCUGAACAAUACUUGCAAUUACCAGAAAAUGGGAAGACCGGGCUAUGUCGUUCAAAUAGUAUGGUACAUACUUAUCAAAUUAACCACAAUAAUAACUCGAAUAUUAGUGUGCAUGCCAUAACCGAAACUUCCACUUUGCCUAGAAAAAACAGUAACAGUAGUGACUUAAUGCGAACUGCUGUUAGUCAACCCCAUUUGAAUGAACCAAUUCAGCUCAAGGAAACUCACAGAGAAAAGUCUGCGAGCGGUACUAUGUACCGACCAGAUAUUUUAUAUCAAGGUUCCUUAUUGAAUAUACCGGAAUAUGCACGAUCUCGUACAGAUAUUAAUGGUUCCGGCACGAUAAGACGUUAUGGUUCCCUAAAGCAUAGCACGCAUAUAAGCCACAGUCAAGAAAAUGAAAAAUGUUGUGGUUGUGUCAGUUGUUCACAAGAAACAAGAGAUACUCUUACAGAAAUGAUGAAUUUCUCACUUUUGAAGGAUGUCAUCUUUCUGUUAUUUGCUGCAUCGAACUUUUGCACUAGCAUCGGCUUCAAUAUGCCUUACGUUUAUAUAGUAUCACAAGCCGAGACACUGAAACUUGAUAGUGAACAAUCAAGUUAUCUGAUAGCUACAAUUGGCAUCGCUAAUACAGUAGGCAGAAUAAUAUUAGGUUAUAUAUCAGACAAACCUUGGGUAAAUCGAUUAUGGGUUUAUAACGUUUGCUUAACAAUUUGUGGCAUAGCCACUGCUCUGUGUCCACUGUGUACUGACAUUAAUUCGCUUAUGUUCUACUGCGCUGUUUUUGGUUUCACCAUUGGUGCCUAUGUGGGUUUAACUUCCGUUAUAUUGGUUGAUCUAUUGGGUUUGGAUAAACUAACAAAUGCUUUUGGUUUGUUAUUGCUCUUCCAAGGUGUAGCAUCAUUUAUAGGCCCACCAAUUGGAGGAUGGUUAUACGAUAUUACAGAAUCAUUCGGUCCAGCUUUUAUAAUGGCUGGUGUCAUGAUUGCGAUCAGUGGUGUCAUGUUAUUUGCCAUACCACCAAUUCAACGGUACAAUGAAAGAAAGGCUGAACAAAUAAAUGCUCAACAAUUAUCUUUAAGCUAGUUUCAAUUGCACAAAAUAUCUUCGUUAUAAUAAUAUUAUUUCCCCUACAUCCUCACAUAUAUUGGUUUAUUUUUUGUUAUAGUCAA